AUACGGAACGGACUUGUGUUAAAAGUUCUUAUCAACAUUGUAUUGUGUCUUAAACCGUUAGACUUAACAUCACGUGUUUCGCUCAUUGUGAUCAUAUAUAGCAAAUCUCACUACUUAAAAUUAUUUUGUAAAGUGAUAUCGAUCCUUAGUUCAGAGCUACAACAACUCGAAAAAUAAAAUGAAAUCAACGACCGUUUUGUAUAGAUAUAACCAUAUUACUCGUAAAAACAACAUUUAUAGUCUUAAUAUAAGACAUGCAGCAAUUACUGGAUCAAUUUACACAUUGAAUGUCUCUGUACUGGUUGUUUUAAUAUACAGUUGGAUGAUAAGUACAAAUGUGAAAAAUUCUACUCAUCUACAAGACGUUUUUUAUGGUGUUCAAAUAGCUUACUCUGCUGUAAUAGGAACUAAUUUGUUCAUCUUCGCCACUAGUGUCGUACUCAUUCUUGGAAUUGUUAAAGAACGAGUAUCAUUAAUUGUACCAUGGAUUGUAGGUCUUAUCACUUUCAUGGCACUCGAAGCUGUAGCAGUUGUUUACUCAAACGUCCUAAGAGACCACGUGAAUAAACAAUUCGACUCAUUUUGCAAAAUUGAAGUAAUAUUUUAUCUGAUACGAGCUAUUUUGAACGUGCUGAGUUUAUUAAGCGUAAUCAAAUUUUACAACAUGAUAAGACUAGGAGUAACAUGGAAAGGUCCAGAAACUAUUGAACUGUGAUGUAAAAUAUCGGAAUCGGGACGUUUUCCUGGUUCCAUUUCAUCGACUAAUAGCACUGACACAAAUUUAUCUUCCAAUUCUGACGACUUAUUAUGAUUAAAACUUCAUGACAACUAUAUGAAAUAUCAUUACAAUUUUUAAAUGUUACACUAAUUUUAAAUAUUAAGUUGAAAAAAACGAAAAACAUUAGUACAAGUCAGUGUCGAAAUGGAUUCGACUGAUUCUAUAAAUAUAUAGAGUGAUUUAUUAUGAAUACUAUCCCUCCAAUUUUUCGUUAAAUAAUGAUAUAAAAUAAUGUACAAAUAAAAAUUUUAUUUUAUUUUAUAGAACACAGUAAACAUAGAGUUUGUUAAAAAAAUAUAUAUUUCUAAAAGUAGAUUAUAAAGGUUUUUUUCAAAAAUUCAAUGGACACCUACUAUUAAUUUUUACAAUUUAAUGAAAAAUUGUCUAAAUAAAAUGUUGCCGAUACGAGUAUUGUAAUAUUACUUUUUAGGUUAUUAUUAUUUUUAAUCUUAGUUGACAGUACAUAAGUAGAAGAAUUCUUAAUUAUUUGUUAUGGUAAAAAUAGAAUAUCUCCAGACACCAUUAGCUUCUCACCUUUUCUAAAUCUUUAAAUACUAAUAUCUCAAAAAGUAAUGUCAUAAAACGAUUAUCGCCCAGUCAACAUUUUAUUUAGACCAUUUUACAUUUAAUAAUAAACAAAUAAUAAUAUAUUCCCUUUUUGUAAGUUACCUCCCAAAUUAACCUUUUGAAAUGAUUUUUUUUUUUUGCAACCAAUUUGAUAUUUACAAUGGAUCAUAACAAUAAAUAAAUUUUAAAUCUAAACAUUUUUAUAAAAAAAUAUUAUUAAAUGAAAAAAAAAUGGGGGUAGUAUUUUUAAUAAAUCACACUGCAUACAAAAAUCACUGAUAACAAUAAUAGUAGUUGAAAUGCGUAUAUGAUAUUGUGUGUGCGUGUUUAAUUUUAUAAAAUAUUUUUAAUUGAAAAUUAGCUAUAACUGUAUUCUA